GCAUAACUCUGUUACACCACCCCAAUCCUCCCACAUGCAUAACUCUGUUACGCCACCCCAAUCCUCACACAUGCAUAACUCUUUUAUGCCACCCCUUUCCUCCCACAUGCAUAACUCUGUUACGCCACCCCAAUCCUCCCACAUGCAUAACUCUGUUACGCCACCCCUAUCCUCACACAUGCAUAACUCUUUUAUGCCACCCCUUUCCUCCCACAUGCAUAACUUUGUUACGCCACCCCAAUCCUCACACAUGCAUAACUCUGUUAUGCCACCCCAAUCCUCCCACAUGCAACCUACAUGGGCAGAAAUUGUGAAGUGUCAAAAGCAGCCCGACAACGUUCAGAAGAUCAGGGAGGAGAAAACACAGAUUGAAAAAGCUGAAGUGCAAAAAAAGGAAGAAAAACAACAGCUGUCUGAAAACAAGAAGGAAUUACAGCUCUGGAAGUCUCCUAAGCCCGUUCAGGAUAAAAGCACGGAAGAGAACAAGAAGGAGGAGCAGAGUGAGGAAGUCGUAGAGCAGAACAAGCAAGUUGCUCCGUCCACCCUCCCAACUCUGGAAAAACCUACAUGGGCAGAAAUUGUGAAGCGUCAGAAGCAGCCGGAGAACGUUCAGAAGAUCAGGGAGGAGAAAACACAGAUUGAGAAAGCUGAAGUGCAAAAAAAGGAAGAAAAACAACAGCUGUCUGAAAACAACAAUAAAUCUUCCCUCAGCACGGACAGUAAGAAUAGAGAGCUUUACAUCUGGAACCUCGACUAUACUGUAAACAACGAGCGCCUUUACAAUGAGUUCCUCCCAUUCGGAACCAUCAUCCACGCUAAGGUGAUAAUGAAGGGCCUCCGCUCCAGGGGAUUUGGCUUUGUUAGCUUUUCCUCACCAGCCGAAGCAGAGGAAGCCCUUAAAAAAAUGAAUGGGAAGAUUUUGGGUAAAAGGACAUUGUAUGUGUCUUUCUCUAAAGCCAGAGAGGGUCGAGAGACAUACCGCACUCAGGAAAAGAAAAUGACAGAGAGUAGCUCACUAUCCAAACCCCGGCAGAGUCCUCCUGGGAAGACAGAGAGGGUCGGCCGUAGCGUGAGUCACAUGCUGAAGUGAUCAUUUUUUUUAAUGCAAUAAAAUAAGUCAGAAUAGUGUAAUGGUAUUAUUAUUAUGUACAAAUAUCUAAUAGUUGUACAUGUGAAACACACAUACACUUUGGAGUAACACAUUUUUGUCUUUCUCUUUCGCGUCGUCACUGCCAGAAAUGCAAUGAAUAAACUGAGAACCACAAAAAAA